AUGUCGACUGGAAGACAGCUUUCUGGUGGCAAUUUCACUGCCACACGUCACUCCACAUCCUACGACUACAUUUCCCCAUUAAAGCUGGAUCUAGCCGGGAAACACGUUCUGAUCACAGGAGCUGCUUGGGAGAAUGGAGUCGGAUAUGCUACCGCCAUAGCUUUUGCACGGGCAGGGGCGUCUGCAAUAGCAGUGGCCGACCUACACGGCGUGUCAAGCAAUCUCGUUGUGAAGUUGAAGUUGGCCGCAGCGCAAGCCGGUCGCCUAGAGCCCAAGGUGCUUAGCUGCACGGUUGACAUUGCAAGGCAGGACAGCGUCCACGCAAUGCAUAACAUCGUGUCACAGGACUUUGGCGAACGUCUGGAUAUUGUCGUGAACAACGCGGCUCACAUGGAACCAUACAAGCCAAUCCUCGAUUCAGACCCAGGUGUGUACUGGCGAACAUGGGAAGUCAACGUUCAGGGUCUCUUUAAUAUGGCUCGCACGUUUCUCCCUAUGCAACUCUCAACCCGUGCUAAGUCCGACGGUUUAUGCACAAUGAUCAAUGUGUCCUCCUCAGGUGCAUUGAGCGCUCGACCUGUUAGCGGAAGUUAUCGAAGUUCGAAGUUUGCGAUACUGAGGUGGACUGAGUCUUUACAAUUAGAAUACGGCGACGAAGGGCUUCUGACAUUUUGUGUCAAUCCUGGAGCGAUAAAGACGAAGAUUACUGAGGGUGCGCCGGAAAAGGUUCGGGAUGCGUUGCCCGAUCGUCCGGACAUAGCUGGCGAUACAAUUGCAUGGUUGGCUGCUGAGCGCAGGGAAUGGCUAGGUGGAAGAUACGUGAGCUGUCCAUGGGAUAUGGAGGAACUCAUAGCAAAGAAAGACGAGAUCAUCGAUCAGGAUAAGCUUAAGAUGAGGAUGGUGUUUUGA